AUGGCCGCCGCGCGCCCGGAACCCCCGAGUCCGAGCUCAGCGGCCCCGGAGCCGCGAUCCCCGGAGCCUCCGGACCUGGUCCUGGUACCUGAUGAUGGCCGCCCAGCCACUCCCCCAAGUGACCUCAUUGAGAUCCAGGUGGUGAAGGUGACGGACACCACGCUGGUCCCCGAGCCCCCGGAGCCAGGUUCUCUGCACUGUGCCUUGUGCCCGGCUGCCUUCCGGCUGGUCUCCGAGCUGCUGUUCCACGAACAUGGUCACCUGGCGGGGGCUGAGGGUGGCGGGCAGGGUGGGGACCCCAGCCGGUGUCAUGUGUGUGGCCACAGCUGCCCUGGCCCCGCCAGCCUCCGUGCCCACUAUAGCCUGCACACGGGUGAGCGGCCCUACCGCUGCGCCCUCUGCCCCCGGGCCUUCAAGGCCCUGGCCCCUCUGCUGCGGCACCAGGACCGACACGGGGUGGAGCCGGGGGCCCCUCGGAGGCCCCCGGAGGCGGCGGCGGCGGCGGCAACUCAAGAGCAGCGGCCCUGGGCGCCCCCGGAGAGGUCGGAGGUGGUGCUGGCGGCGGCAGCAGCGGGCGCGGCGGUGGGGAAGCCCUUCGCCUGCAGGUUCUGUGCCAAGCCGUUCCGCCGCUCCUCAGACAUGCGAGACCACGAGCGGGUGCACACGGGCGAGCGGCCCUACCACUGCGGCGUGUGCGGCAAGGGCUUCACCCAGUCUUCGGUGCUCAGCGGCCACGCGCGCAUCCACACCGGAGAGAGGCCCUUCCGCUGCAGCCUCUGCGACCGCACUUUCAACAACUCCUCCAACUUCCGCAAGCACCAGCGCACCCACAUCCACGGGCCGGGGCCGGGGGACUCUGGGGGCCCGCUGGCACCGGGGGCCGAGGGGCCGGGGAGCGGGUGUGGGGCAGGGAACCCUCUGGGAGAGGGGCGUGGGGAGAUGGCCAAAGUGAAGGUGGAGGUCGACCAGUAG